AUAAAUAGCUUUGUUCAGAAGUAUUUUACUAAAACUUGUUCUCUUGCAAAAAAGAGAUGGAACAGUCAAAAAGAGAUGUAUUGAGGGCUCAUCGGGUUGUAAUCACGGACAACCUGCAAGAAAGAAGAGUUGUCGAACAACUCUUUGCCGAAGGAGUUUUGGACCAAACUGACAGAGAGGAAAUACACGCAGAAACGUCAAGAUUCGGUAAAUGCUGUUUGCUGUUGGAUAAGCUUCCUCGGAAAGGCCCUAGUGCCUUUGAAAGUUUCUUGCAAGCUCUCAGACUUUCUGGCCAGGGGUUUUUGGCGGAUAAGUUGACAGGUAAAUUAAUCAUAAGCUUACGGUAAACGAUCACGUUCAUUGAUCAAAUCAAAAUCAACGCAGAGGGCGUUACAAUGUAUGAAUGAGCGUUUGUCGCUUUAAUAUUUCCUUAGCAUUUGAUUGUUUGAACUAAAAAGAUAAAUAUUAAUUAUGUGAGGCUAAUAUCUCCACUAAUCUCGGUUUGAAUAAAAUUUUGUAAGUUAGAUCGAGAAUCGUGGGUGCCAUUAAUGUAGUGCCACAAAACAGCAUGGAGACAAACCGCUCGAUUGAUCCCAGUCAUUUUGAUUUUUGGAAAGCUGCAGUAGCUUCUACGUAAAAACCUCCACGCCUAAGACUGAGCGUGGGAGCAAAAAGACAUCGUCUUUGUAAACGUUCAAAUCCUUGUAUUUUCUGAUUGACGUGGUUCGUGUGGGUGCGUGAAUGAUGUGCGUAAAAUAGCAAAGUGAAACAGGGAGAGCAAGUUCCAGACCAUUGAACAACAAACAUAUCAUCAAAAGUGUUGGGAAGGCAGCUACUUUUCACCCCGCCUUUUUUUCUUUCUCCCCCCACUCCUAGCUCAAUGUUGAACAAAACUUUGAUGUUUGUGCAGGUAUUAUUGUUCUGUUGUGGUCCCAACAUUGAAUGUGGGUGGAUGGGGGGUAAUAAUAAAAGGAAAAACCAUCUUUUUGAACAUUGAAAUGAACAACUGUUAAGUUGUACCAGAAACUCAUAAGGGUUGAGACGUGUAACUCUCAUAUGUUUGCUUUGUCGGAUGCUCGUGAUUAUUCAUUUUCAAAAGUACCAUAUUUGGAACGAGAAGAAGAGACAACUGACCAAUCAAACUUCGCAAACAACGUGACGUAAUUUUACUUCAGGUUCCCGCGCCCGCUUGAAAAAAAAUUGCCGAUAAACGGGGGAAAAACUCCCGAAAGCCGAGAAAGCUUUCAAAGGUUGAAACCAGGAAUCUUACCGAACUACUGAGCAGGAUAUUAUUGCCUUACCACCCUGGGAUAAACGUAACAUUAUGAAAUCCAUUGGCGUCCUCGCAACUUCUAGAAGUUGUCACUUCAAAAAACUAUGCCUCGUUGACCCUCUGCAAAGGAGGGGGACAUGGGGGUUUACGGUAUUGCGGUAUUGGGCUUUUUUUCAUGCGGUAUUUCGGUAAUUUUAAUUUUAACGUGCGGUAUUGCGGUAUCAUCUAGCUCUGCGGUAUGCGGUUUUUCAUCAUUUUGGCUGACGGUAUUCGGUGAAAUAAGAUUGUUCACGGUAUUACGGUACCGUUUAUUUGCGCUUUCCUUUCGAUACAAUACGCAAAACCAAACACAGUAGGACAAAAAGGUCAAUAAAAGUUAAUAUUUAGAAGUCUUGAGACAUAACGGUAAAUCAUUAAACCAUUGUGGGUCAUUUUGUGACAGUUAUUAAUGGUCGAUAAUAUGCCAUGUGAUUGUUGUUGCAUCCAAUGGCAAUGAGUCGCCUCAAGUUACCUUACCAGGCUUUUUGAUCUGUGUACGUGUGCCAGUCUGCUACCUGUACAGCCGUUUUUAGUGUCGCCGGCGAUGCAACGGUCCUCCCCACUAGACUAUACCUGUACCGGCAAUUCCUCUGAGGUCUUACAAACGUUUUCUCACAAUGGCUGAGGUCGCUGAGACGGCGAAGACGGCGUGGCCAUCAUUGACUUUUUAAGAAAUAAAGUGUGGCAAUUUUUUUGAUCACACGCUUGAAUAUACUAAAAGAGGGCGAAGGAGGCGAGCAUUAUCGCAAGAAAGUUUGAAAAAGAAAUAGUUUAGAUGUCGGGUUUCGAGAAUUGAAAACGCCUUACGAAGUUAAAAUAGAAAAUCUGGUAAGUUUUAGCCUCUUUACCAGCGCGGCGUUUUCUAAAAUUAUCUGCCUUGUGUGAGACAGUCGAGAUAGUUGACCUCUGAGAUACUGACUUAUAGACUCAUCCAAAACUCGCACUAGACGUGCUGCGUGGAAAGAGUUUUGGUUGGUUUGUUUGUUUUAGUUUUUUUUCGCACUUUCAAAAAUUAAUCAAAGAGUUAUUUUUAAAUAAUAUGUCAUUGGAGUUAGUUAAAAUUUUAGCUGUUGGGUUUUGUGCUAGGCUAGCGUUAUCAGAUUUAAAGAUAGGAAUAAUUUUAGAUAUUUUCGACCUACCAAAAGAUUCUUUUCAGUUUUCAGUGAAAAUUUGCCAAAAUUUGCCAACUACCAAAAUAUUAAAAAAAAACAUGGACAUCUGGUGCAUAAAUGCCUGAGAUAAUUAAACGCGCUAGAUGGAAGCCUCCAUAAGUAUGCGGAACCGAUUAUGAAUAAGAUUAAUAUAUGCGGUAUCGGUAUUUAGACGAUUUUCGACGCGGUAUUUCGGUAUUUGCCAUUUUUUCUUACGGUAUUGCGGUAUUGGGUACCCCCCAAUGUCCCCCUCGCAAAGUAAACUUAUACUGCAAAUAGGCUUUUAAAAUUCUUAUAUUACUAGUCUAGAAUAAACAGUAAAAAAAUUCAUUAGCUGCGUAUCAAAAAAAGACUGAACCUGACAUCUUCACAAAAUGUGAUUCGUGUAAGUAAUGUGAGAAGCAUUUUAAGCUUAAAUUCAGCUUGGAUGUUGUGGUCACGAUCGUGUUUUGAGCUAAUUUCAUGAAUGAACAAAGUCAAAACAAUAGACAGAGAAGCCGUUUCUUGAAAAUCUUUAUUCAAAAUCCAAAAAGUUAAUCCAGUUUAAAGCAAUUCAGGAAACACUAUCUGGAUCGUGGAUCCAUUCACGCAAGUGAAGUCGACUAAGCACAUGGCAAAAUUCAACACAAAUUCCAUCUCAAAUCGGGGCACAUUUUGUAAUUUUUCAUUAGCGCCGAAGACAAAAAUUUAUAAAACGUCUAUGAAAAAAUUAAAAAUACAUAAAUUCCCUUUCAAAAACGUUCUUGUCUCGGCCAUAGAGUGCAAAAAAAUGUACCCGAACAUUCAGCAAAAACUUCGCUGCGUUGGUUGCAUUUCAAAACAAACCAUGCGCUCCGCCGUGAAGAAAACGAGGUUCAAUUCCUCGAAGGACAAUUUCUUGAUGAAAAGCUUCCCUUCCUCCACAAAAAGAAAGCUGAGCAUUCUUUUGAACUUUCUCUUUCCAUUUUUUGUCUUUUAAUGGUGUAUUUUUAACCUUGAAAUGCAGAACUCUUGUCUUAAAACAUGUGCAUGGUGAUCGCGCGGCAGCCAUGUUGUUGAACUGAUAGAUAUCCGUCACUAGGGUUUCCAAAUGUGGUAAAAGUGAAUGUUCACGAGCAUUGAACGCGAGUUACACGUUUCAUUCCCUUAUGAGUUUCUGGUUGUACAACCUUCCCAACUACUUUUGUCUGGGAUUGUAGCUUGGCUGCAUUGGAAGCUAGCUUGCCUACUCUGGAGGCUAGCGGGAGGCCAUUGUACCUUGCCUUUAUCUUGAUUAUUGAACAACAAGGUGAAGACUGGCAAAUUAAAUGCAUGCACAAUAAAGAAUAUUUGAAUAUGAUCUACUAUAAAAAAAAUACAGUACAUGUAUGUGCAGAACUUACAUGUACAGUGCUGUAGCAGGCUCAGGUUAAUGGUGGGCAGUAGGAUUAAAGGGAAAGAAGCCAAGAAAGAUGAAAAGUAAGAAAAAAAAAACAACAACAACAACAAAAACAAACAAAAAAAAUCCAAAAACCUGUCUCAUUUUGCUUGUGAGGGAUAUUCCUUACCACUGUUUACCAGGAUUGGUUAAUUCAUCAUUUGAGUUCAUCAGUAAUAUUGAUAACAGGGGUGUAACCAGGGGUCCAGGUAUCUACAAGUGGAAUUGCAUUUGAAUGAACUAUAAUAUAACAUAACCAUGCAAACAUUAUAUGCAUCCCUUGGUAUUAUUUUAUAGGAGAAUCCAGCACAGGAGCAAAUUUAAGCCCAUCAAGGUCAUUUGGUCUCCCAAACAAGGUUCCUAAAUUUGUUGGCAGGUCAGAUGUUUGUGAGGAAAUCUCAGGGUUGCUGACUUGUCUAAAAACAACCCUCGUAUCUCUGAUUGCUCCCCCUGGAUUUGGAAAGACAGCUGUUGCGAUUACUGUAGGCCAUGAGAUGCUAGAAAAGGGAAAAGAUGUUUUGUAUGUUUCCUUAAGAAGAGUGGACUCUGUAGACGGUGCGGCAAAGAGGUUGCUCGAGGUGAUAGGCAUCGCAGUUGACAAGGAUCCUGUCGCUCAAGUAAAAAGUUUCCUCUCAUCCCUUAAAAAAGAAACCAUGCUAGUCCUGGACAAUGCUGAGGACUUGCAAAAUGCAAGCAAGUCUGCCUGUAAUCAGUUUUUGGAGGAAGUUGGUCAACAUGGAAAAAAUCUUGUUAUUUUAAUAACAAGUAGGAAUCCAUUGUCAGUGUUUGAUUUUCCUUUCAAAAAGCAUCACAUUCCUCUGAAGCCUUUAGAUGAUGAAGCAUCAUUUUUCUUUCUGAAACAUUAUGCUCCUAACAUUUCAGACCAGCUUGCAAGACAUUUUGCAAACCCAAAGGUGUGUGGUGGUGUUCCUUUGUUUUUGAAAUUGACAGCAUCAUUCUUGGAAAGCAAGACAAUUGAUCCCAUAGAUCUUCACAGAAAGCUUAAAAACUGUUCACAUGGUUUUCUGAAAGUAAAGGAUCCUAACAUUCAAGAAUUUUUCUCCCUUCUUAAGGUUUUCUACAACCAUUUACGACCUGAAGUGAAAAAGGGUCUUUCUUGGCUAGCUGCAUUUCCAUCUGUUUUCACCAAAAUGGAGGCAAAGAAUGUUUUGUUUUGCAAAGAUGAUUACUUGGAUUUUCAAAUCUUACUAAACAGUUUAGUGUCUCACUCAGUGGUUCAGGAAGAAGAAGUUGACAAUCAUCAGCAGUAUAGUUUGCAUCCAUUGGUGCAAGCAUUUUGCAUUGCAUGCAGAGAGGAUGAGUGUAAAGGGUACAAUAUGGCAAUCAGGCUUUUCUCGUAUCAUUAUCUCGCUCUUCUACAACAGCUGAAUGAUGAUUUCAUUACCACUAACUGCAAGGUUGCCAUAGACAAGUAUCAGAUGAACAAAGCAAACAUUGCUCAUGCCCUUUCAGCAUCAACAGAGGAUGAAGUUUUAAAAUGUUAUGGAAUUAGCGUGUCAACAGAGACUGUGAAUUUCCUGGCAAAAGUCAUGAACCAGGAUGAAUUUAUAUCAACAUAUGACAAGUUUCUGGAGGUUGCAGAAACGUUGCCUGACAAAACUCUUUACAGUGAGUGCCUUGUGUCCAUUGGAUUCAAACAGCUUUGUUACUAUAGCUACAAAGAUGCCCAUCGCACAACAGCCAAAAUGAACCUCCAAAAGGCACAUGAUCUGCAAAUUGAUCUCGGAAUUUAUGACACAGAAUGUCAAGGUCACUGCAAGUGUAAGCUAGGGCUUUGCACUUUUCUUGCUGGAGACAGAAAGAAGGGCAUCUCCCUCAUUGCACAAGGUAUUGGUGUGCGUCGCAAGUUGGUGUGCUCUAAUCACUCAGGAAAAAUGGAACGGAUGCUUUUAGCUGGUGGAUUCUGUGACCUGGGAAGUAAGUACUUAUUUUUACAGAAAUAAAUGAUUUUUACAAAAAUUAAGUAUAUCGUUUAUAGUAAAAGUGCUACUGAAGUUAUAUGUAGUUUACAAGCACUCCACUCAGAUAAUCAUAUUGAGACAAAAGACUUGUGAUCCAAUAAACAUGAUUUAAAAUCCCAAUGGGUCAGAGACAAUGCAGUUGGCUAUUUUCAUGCGCCAUGAUCACGAAGUUAAACUUGGGUCAAAUGAGAAACUAAUCCGCAGCUAGUAGGACUUAAAUGGGCACUUGCAACAUGUUGUCCCCCCCGUACGAAACGCGCAGCGCUGUUGCAGCGCUGCAGAAUGGCUUCAAGAAGCGCUGCAGAAUAGCUGCAAAGAGGCUGGCUGCAGCAGUCGCAAAUUUUGGCUGUUCGGGGCAGCGCUAUGAAGCCGUUUGAAAGCGAUAAGCAGCGGUUUAGCAGCGGUGGAAAGGACACACAAAAACGCUGUCAGCGCUGCCAAAUAGCUGCAAACGUGUACAAAAAUUCAAAGAAUUAUGGCAUUUGCCUAAACCGGCUUAGUAGCAGAGUAAAAACCACUAGAAAGUCAAAAUGCAACUUAUACUUUAUUAGUAUCCACGCGUACACGUUACAAAAGCACGUGACAUAGAACAAAUCUGCAACAGUCUCGCUUUGUAAAUAUUUAGCAAUCACGGUCACUCAUCUGAAUGUAAGAACACCCAUUAACAUGCAGACAUUGAAAAUUAUCUUUUUUAAAAAUAAAGAGAAUAACAUCGAUUGUUCUACAUAAAGUUUACAUGCACGGCCAUUAGGCAAAUGAUAUUUUGAUUCGUUGCAACGGGCUAAGCUGGACAUUGCUCACCUUGACGUUUCGUCCAUGAUCCACUAUCUUCUACACUUUUUUCAUGAAAGAAAUCAACCCAAUUUUACUUUGGUCGUCGUUAAUGGACUAAGGAACGAACAUUACCACGAGCAUAUAAGAAUCUUGUAAGUGCGAACCCCAUCUGAGAUUCUUGUAUCUGUGUUGCUUGCUCUGGUUCGAUUCGUCGAUACUUAGCGUAGAAGUCACUGUUCAGUGCGUUGUUUGCAAAUACGUUUGAGCUGUUCCAUCCAAAAACUUCAACAGAACUUCCAUCUCGAAACAGAACUAGAUGCAAAAAAACUUAGAAUGUUUGCGCCUUUCAUUCAACGGUCGCAAAUGUUCUGUGUUUGUCUAGAGAUGUAAUGGGAUCUCAUGCAAAAGGACCGACCAAUUAGAUUACGGCCUAGAAUGUCUCCAGGGAAUUAGCGAUAACAUUCCCACACUCGCCGGUCACGGAAUGAAAUUUAUUGAAAUCUUUAUUCCGAAAGCAUAGGAUUUGGAGGUUUAUUCAAUAAGUGAUCUUCUUUGCGCACAAGCUUACUCACAUUUCUUAGAGUUACAGUCAAAGUUUUCGCGUUAUAAAAGCCGUAAUCUGUGCCAAGGCUUUAUCUGGCGAUUCAUGUUAUUGGCGCUCAAGAAAGUCAGAUCGACCGCAGCUGAAUUGUAGCGUUACUGCAGCUACUUCGCAGCGUUUGAAAGUCGGCAACUGCGCUGCAAAACCGCUGCCGAGAGCUUCAAAGAGCCUUCAAAGGCUGCACAGCGCUUUUGCAUCCCGCUGCAACUCUAAUGAAGCUGCUGUUUGGCUUCUAAAAGGCUGCUGAACAGCUGUAAUUUAGCUGUACAGCUAUUUUGCAGCGAUUUUGUGGCGCUGUACAGCGCUGCAAGUUUCGUACGGGAUAUCAAUGGCUUUAGCUGAAUUUUUCCCAGGUGAAACUCAAAGGGUACAGAUUUUUGUGUAUAAAGGCCAUCAGUGACCAGCCUACAAAGAAAGUAGUCUCCGAUACCCUGGGGCUAGUAGAUUUUGCUAUUGAGCUGGUGAAUUCUGUUCUUUGUUAACUUGCUGCAAUGAGCAAGUGUAGUUUUUGGGGGAGUUCAAAUAAAUUAUCAGAGAACAACCGUAAUCAGUGCGCAUCAAAAAAUUUUUUGCGAGCUAGUUGAAAUUACGUUUUGGCUAGUUCAUGCUAGCUACAGCUUGCUUGGAUGGCAAGUUGUAAAUCGGACCUUUCUUUGCACCCUGCAUCUGGUGACUUUUGAUAAACUGCAAGGUUUUCCUGCUACUUGGCCUUUUUUUGUUGCACAACAAAUUACUGGACAAAGUAUUAUACACAACAUCAAGGGUUUCAUAAGGCUUUUACUCUAUGAACUCAUCAGUACCCUCACUAGAAAAGGUUUAGUUCUACAUUACAGUCAAGCCUGGGCAAGCAUACCCCCAAGAUGCCAUUAAUCAAUUUAUUAUGAUUCAAAACUGAGUUGAAUUAAUUUGUAGUUGUACAUGUAGAUUUCAUAUUCGUUUCUGCAUUCUUGCAUGUGUAAUGAAUUGUGAAACACAUAAUAAAGGCAGUUGUGAAAUUUCUACCAGCUCAGUUUCUCUGUACUGAUAAAUAUGUCUUCGAAGCAAUUUUAUCCAUUCAAAGAUUUUCAAUCUGCUCUUUAUGCAUGCAGGAAUGCCCAUUUGAAUUUGACACUAUAGUCAUGGGAAUGACUUGUGGAUUCAUUUUUCAAAUAAUCAAUUCAUUAACAGAGUCUUGGAGGGUAUGCUUGAACUGCCUUGACUGUAUCAAGUAGAAACUAACGAGAAGAACCAUUUUUCAGCAGUCAUCAUGAUGUUGUUGUUCACAUGAUUUUCCUUGUUUUUUUAUAGUGUGUCCCUCUUAUAAAUGCCACAAUAUAUUCUUACUAUGGGUUUUUCUAUUUUUCAGUGGCCUUGUUUACAAGCGGUCAGCACAAGGCAGCUCUCAAUAUUUGGGAGAAUAUAUGUUUGGUCAAGUACCGUGAGCUGUUGGGUACGCACCCCUUCACUGCCUCACUGUUGGACCACAUUGGUAAAAUUUAUCAGGCCCUUGGUAAACCUCGGCGAGCUGUUUCUUUGAAGAAAGAGUCUCUUAGAAUGAGACACUUACUGUUAGGUAUGCAAGGUUGAUAGUUUUGAAAUGGAAGCAUUAUAUAAACGUCUUAAUUUUUUCUAAUAACCAUGAGUGCUCAUAACAUAUAAUUAAUAUGUUAUACCUUUAAGGUAAAUUAUUAAACAUCAGGGAUUAAAAGAAAAUUUGAUUUCAGACUUUUCCUUUGGGCAAGCAGCUCUUGCAUCUUGCUUGUCCAUGACCACUGCUUGAUUUUCUUAGUUAAUGAUUUAUCUUGUUUGUAUUAAAUCUCAUGGGUCUCUAGUAUCAUUUGCCCUGUGAAAUGUUAUCCGAAUUCCAGAAUCCAGGAAAUUUUUGCCCAUGGAAUCCAGAAUCUGGGAAUUUUUUUCUUGUGGAAUCGGAAAUUCUGGGCUUUGGAAUCCGGAAUUGAGCUUACGGAAUCCAGAAUCCAAGUUACACUGACAAGGAAUCCAGAGUCCUUCAACUGGAAUCCACAUCAUGGAAUCCAGAAUCUAAGACUUUCUUGGAUUAUCUUAUACACAUAAAACAUGUUUUGCAUAAUGUUAAUUCAUUACAGACCUUACAACUCCCUAACCCAAUCCUGCUAUCAAUUUUUUGAAUUUUUCAGGUGAUGAUAAUCUUGACACAGCCAGAGCUUAUUAUGGUUUGGGCUGUGCUCUCAAGGAGUUAGGAUCCACACAAGAAGCGUUGGAGAAUUUUAAGAAAGCCCGAGAGAUCCAGUAUCGUGUUAUUGCUUCCAAAGAAGAUAUUGAGAGAACUGAACAAGAGAUCAAUUCUCUGCGAGGAAAUGAUGCAAUGGCAGAGUCUGCAUAUCGCAUGCUUCACGAGGUGCACCUUGAAACCCCAUGCAAUAUCUUGUCCCAUCACAGUAUGGCAUGUUGAUUCAGGAUGUCACUGGAUUUGAUACAGUGCUCUACUCACAUGUUUGUGUUUUGAACCCCUUCAAGUAGCCUGGGACCAGGACCCAUAGUGGGAGAAAAAGGCCAUUUCAGGAGCGGAGUGAUGGACUAGGGACCGGGAACCAGGCUAUCUGUAUGUAGUUGAAUAAGCACCCAGUAGCAGUAAAUGUUUUCAGACAAACAGCCCUCUUCUGUAGAAUUCUUUAGGGUAUACAGUCAGCCCUAUUGCUAGUCAAUGAGGCCUGCAGUGCAGAUUACAUAACAUGUUGCAGUGAUGCAGUGUGCUUACAAAGUAUCUUUUCUAGAUACAGUUCCCAGACACAACUAAGCUGUGGUCAACAAAGCACUGACCAGGGUCACCCAACAAGAAUAUAGUUCAAAACCACUUAAACAUAGCAUUGUUAAACCUGUUUUAGUAUUUAAACAGUGGAUAUGGGCAUAUUUUUAUGCCCUAUAAAUUUUUAAUCUGUUCGGAUUUCCUAGCUGAAAGUCUACUGAUCCGAAAAUUAUAGGGAUCAAAACUUACCUGUUCGAAAAUUUCAGCCAGAAAAAAGGCUCCCGAAAAUUCUAGGUGACCUUUUUAGGGUAAAAAUCCGUUGAAAAUGGGCAAUUUUACCAUUUUUUAGAUGUUCGAAAAUCCUAGGAGAGGCAGGCAAGCAGGAAUUUUACAACAAAUGUUCCGAAAAUUCUAGGUAUCAAAUCGUCUUCCGAACAGAUAUUUUUCCGAAAAUUGUCGUUGGGUGCCCCAGACUGACCCCCAGUUCAUGGACUAACCUGAUGAACUACCCAUAUGGACUACCUUUUGAAUAAUUUUACUGUUAGUUACUUCAUGUACUUACCAUUAUUGUCUAUUCAAAAGGCAGUCCAUAUGGGUAUUCCGUUUUUUCAGUCCAUGGAAAGAUUGCCAGUGGUUUGUUCACCACUAACGAGGCACCACAAUUGGCUUACGUUUGUCUAUAAAGCAGUCUAUACGCGAGUACCUUGCAAACAGUACAAUAACUUACAGUGUUUUGCUUUGCCUACAAGGUUUCUCCGCCCUUUCGUUUCUAGGUAUCGCACUCAAGCACUUGUUAAUUACGUACAAUUAAUGGUACAGUGGCCAGACACUUGAACUUCAAGCCCCGUAAUUGAAGUUCAUGUAAGAGCCUUUGUAAGGUGUACAUCGGUGAUCCCAUUUCUGUCGGAUGUGACCUCUUUUAGUCUUGCAUAAGCGUGGCUUGCAGUUGUAAGUGGAUGUAUGAGGAAAAUUGUAAGGCCGGUUUCCUCACAAUGUAAUCGUCUAUGGCGGUGUUAUUAGUUGAGUUAACCUUGACUUAAGAACCAUUUGUAUAUAUAUUGUCGCCAGGUUAAAGUUGCUUUGCAAGUCAGCCGUUAGAAAAAAUUUCAAACGUUAAACGUUUAUAUAAAAAUAUACGUAAUGUAAUGUCUUCUUCAUCUUACACUGAGGCAGAUGACUGUAAAGGGUUUCGUUUAGUACGUUGAAAUAAUUUGAAGGUAUAAUUUUUUGUGCUAGACUCGCUGAAACAACGUUC